AUGGUAGAAUCCACCAGCAAAUGCGGUCGCCACGCGGUGUGUAACGGUGAAACCCCCGAGAAGAACCUCAUGUCCAAGCGCAGACGACACAAAACAGUCCAUUUCGGCGACAACCUGUUGCUGCAAGUGUGCACCAACGCCAACUUAGCCUCCCAAGUGUCCUACGCCAAGAUGGAGCCGAACGUGCAGCAGCUGUUCAGCUUCAUCGAGACCGUCCUCAGCGCUUGGGUGGCGGAAGAGGGCCUCACCUCGCAAGGGGAGGUCAGCGAGAUGGACGAGAAGGAGAUGCAGCGGAGGAGGCACAAGAAGCACUGCGCCAAGGUGAAGAAGUUGGACGUGAGGAGGCUGGUGGCUGAGGUCGCGAGGCUGAGUGGGACUAGGUAUUUGGGGAACCUCAGGUACAGGCACAUGCACUGGAAGGGGAACCCGGAUGCUGAGGGGUGCAACGAGCUGUUUCUGAGGAAGAACAAGGAGUACGGUUAUCGGUGGAAACUGAUUAAGAAGGGUCUUCAGAAUAAGGUCACAAUAAAUGUAAGUGAUGUGCAAGCUAUAUCCAGCAAUGUGAUCGAACAGACAGAAUCAAAUGAGUGUGUUACAUUGAAUCCGCUGAGCCUCUACAAUGCCGAUAUCUCCAAAUCUGGUUCGAUUGCUGCUUCGCUAUCUGAAGAUAACUUAGACGGUCCUUCAUUUAUUGGACAAGUUUUGAUCCACCAAGAAUAA